AUGUUUGAAGUUGUAAAAUACAGAUGUUUUUUUUUUCAUUUAUCAGCGUUUCUACAUUAUUUUCAGGCAAUGAUACUUCUACUAAAUCACUUAUUUAUCGUUAUAUCAUGUAGUUUGUUUUGUACAGCUGUAAAACGUGACGCUCCCAAUCUUCGAAUCAUUGGAGGGCAAGAAACAACCAUCAUCGAAGCACCAUAUAUAGCAUCUUUACAGAGAAGAAGAGGGAGUCUUGCAGUGCAUAUUUGCGGAGCUGUUAUUAUAACGAGAAGAUAUUUAUUGACCGCUGGUCACUGUGUAACUGAUAUUUCAGAUGAAUUGAAACAAGGAAACAAAGAAUAUAUAUUAUUAUCAGCAAAGAAGUAUAUAAUUAGUACUGGAAGCAAAUAUACAGAACGAGGAUUAAUUACAAGAGUAAAACGAUUUUUCGUACACGAAAGUUACGAUCCUACAGAAUUAUUUUAUGAUUUCGGAGCCAUAGCAUUGGUAAAGAAUCUCGAAUUCGAUAUAGAAACUCAACCUGCUAAACUGCCGCACGGGAAUAUUACAGAAACUUCAGCUUUGCUGAAUAAUUAUUCAAACCAUAGAACAAUAUGCAAAGCUUACGGAUGGGGAGUCAGUACUGCCAGAACUUAUUCAGGCUUGAAGGUCGUGGAUUUACUCAUGGUUACAGCAGAUGCCUGUCAGGAAAGCCUCACAAAAAAAGACUUAGGAAUGAUAAACUCAAAAAUUCAAUUUUGUACUCUGGAAGAAACAGGAAAGAAAGACGCCUGUCAGGGAGAUUCUGGAGGACCACUAUCCUGCAAUGGCGUGGUCUGGGGUCUCGUGUCCUGGGGCGAAGGAUGUGCUAGACCUGGAAAUCCUGCAGUCUUCGCAAGGAUGGAUGUGGCCAAGAAUUGGUUAGAACAAGAUGUAUACAACAUUCCUCUUCAGUCCACAUCUUCUGCUCAAUAUGAUAUUCCAGAUGAAAAAAUAAUUUACAUCUUAAUUUUAAGAGCAUGUUUCAUUUUACGUAGGACAUAUUACUUGCUAAAAUGAAAUAAAAUGGUUUUUGAUAAGAAAUAAAAUAAAAUCGAUUUUACUUUCUCUUU